UCAUACUAAAUACCAUAUUUUAAAAUAAUAAACGAUACGACGCCGUCGAAUUCCUGUGUAAAAACGUGAAUAAUUUGAUAAAACGUAAAAGUGCGUAUAUACAAAUAAACAGUUAAUAUUUGAAAAAUCGGUAGCGUACACUUUAAGUACAUAUGUUCUACCGAGCUUGCUCUCAAUUUCAAAGGCUAUAUGCUAAAUAGAGAAGAAUGUUUGGCGUGAAUAUAAUAUCGUGAAAUACAUUGGCAUCUGUAUGUUAUCAUUUUGCAUGGAUGAGCAUGUCCAUGGAAAGACCUGCGAAUAACUGUAACUUAGAAGUAAUCAAAAGCACACUUGGCGUUAAUCCGAAUCUAAAUUCAAGUGAACAAUACGAUUUCGAUCGCACCGAAAAUGAUGCGACGCACCCAAUAUUACGCAGCGAUCGUCGUCGUCAGGGUGAACUGGUCCAAUGUUUGACGUGCCGCAUGCAAUUCAAGAGUUUCUCCUUCAGCGACAUUUGUGCUCACUACAUUUUUACGCACGAUAAUCGGAACGAGUGCGGUUUAAAUCAAUUGUACAAGUGUUUGUAUUGCAAGCGCGACGUCCAUUAUUUCCUACGUGAAAAAAAGUCCAAUCCCGAAAUAUAUCAUUUUUGUUCGCCCAGAAAACAAAAUUAA